AACUCUUAUAAAAACCCAACUCUCUCACCACCUUAAUUAUCUGUAACAUCAAUGGCUGAUUCAACUACUACUCCACUUCUCUCCUCCCUAUCCGCGUCUUCGAAGCCCCUCCCAUCCCUUGAUUCCACAAUCGAACGGUGUAUCGGAGGGUUUUCUUGGACCCAAUUCCUCCAAGCCAUCCUAGUCUCAAUUGCAUGGUUGUUUGAUGCACAACAAACUUUCAUUAGCGUCGUCACUGAUGCUGACCCUACAUGGCACUGCAACAUUAAUUCAUCAACGUCUAUAUGCAACUCAGCAUCAUCCAACAUUUGUCAACUCCCCCAAAAUUCAUGGUCAUGGGAUUUGCCUCCGCAAGUAUCAAUAAUCUCAGAAUGGUCACUCCAAUGUUCCUCUUCAUUUCUCACUGGGUUACCAGCAUCUUCAUUCUUCAUGGGUUGUCUUGUUGGCGGAUUACUUCUUGCCACACUCGCAGACUCGUCGCUCGGUCGCAAGAAUAUGUUGUUCUACUCGUGUUUAAUCAUGUCAUUGUCUUCAUUACUUACGGUACUCUUCUCCACCAACGUUUGGAUUUACUCUAUUUUCAGAUUUAUAUGUGGGUUUGGCCGCGCAACGAUUGGAACGUGUGCGUUAGUGUUGUCGACUGAAUUAGUAGGUAAACGAUGGAGAGGACAAGUCGCCGUGACUGGAUUUUUGUUCUUUACAUUAGGGUUCUUAUCAUUGCCGGCUAUGGCUUACAUUAAUAGAGGUUCGUCAUGGAGGAAUCUUUACAUUUGGAGUUCAAUACCAAGUCUUAUUUAUUGCAUCCUGGUUAAAUUGUUUGUUGGUGAGUCUCCGAGAUGGCUUUUCGUUCGUGGAAGGAGAGAGGAGGCCGUUUCGAUCCUAAAGAGUAUUGCAACGAUUGACAACAAUGGUAAAUCAAUCACAAUGAGCUUCUUUGGAAAUGUUCAAUUGGAGGAAGAGUCAUGGAAUGUUGAUAUCUACUCAGCAAUCAAGAUUCUAUUCCAAAAUAAAUGGUCUUUUAGGAGGUUGUGUUUGGUUAUGGUGAUUGGAUUUGGGGUUGGAAUGGUUUAUUAUGGGAUGCCAUUGGGGCUUGGAAACAUGUCAUUCAAUCUCUACAUGAGUGUGACAUUCAACGCCUUAUCGGAACUGCCAUCAUCGUUAAUCACAUUAUUUCUCAUAGACAAGAUGAACCGGAGAAGCUCAUUACUGGGAUUUACAAGCCUAAGCGGGAUUUGUAGCUUAUUAUCGGUCAUUGUAGGCAAGAAUAUGAAUUGGACAAGUUUCCAAUUAGGGUUGGAGCUAGUGUCUUUCUUUAGUGCUUGUACUGCUUUCAACAUUACAAUGGUAUACACGUUGGAGUUGUUCCCGACUUGUGUGAGGAACUCAGCUGUAUCAAUUGCGAGACAAGCUUUGGUGUUGGGAGGAGUGUUUAGUCCAGUAUUGGCUGCAGCUGGUAGGAAAAAUGGGUUUUGGUCAUAUGGGAUAUUUGGGUUGGUGAUAGGGUUUUGCGGGUUGUUUGUGGUUUUUCUGCCAGAGACAAAGGGUGGGAGAUUAUGUGAUACAAUGGAUGAGGAAGAGCACAAGGCGGUAGUCAAUGAUCAUCAUAUAUAAUAUUAUAUAUUAUUGAUGCCUAAACCAAAAACUAUGUGCUUGCUUAAUUACUGUAAGGUUUUUCAUUUUUAUUUUUGAAUUUUUGUAUGUUAGCUUAAUUUUUUAAACUGUUUCUUUAACUUAUCACCAAAUUCUGCAGUGUGAAUGAGACAGGUAACAUGAUUUUAUUUA